AUGUCUGACUUACCAGAGCGCAUCACGUAUAUCGUCGGCCACGCGAAGAAAAUCAAUGCCCGUGGCACCCCGUUAGACGCCUCGGACAUAAAAAUAGCUAUGAAGCAAUUGCGUCCAUGGACGGAGACAAGAGUAUUGAGAACUAUGAUAUUCCAUCUUGAUCUCUCUCCGUCCCCUGACGUAAAGGUUCCCAAUCGCAAAUAUAGACCCGUCAAUAUUCCAACGGGGGAGCUUAUGGAGGUUAUCCUCUUCUUUCAAGAAAUCGGCAUGGCUGGUUCUCAAACCCUGGUGAAUGAUCUCUACAAGGCAACCAUGACAAGUAAGCCAGACACAACGCAGCCUCUUGUAACUCAGUUACGAUUCUGGCGAGAACAGCAGGUUCAAAAAAGACCCUGGAUGGUCAUAAUCGAGGAGUCCCAAGACCUGUGGCGUAGAGUAGGGCUCUGA